UGGAUUAUUCGGCUUUGUUUGAUAUGGGGUCGUUUGGAAGGGGAGGGGUUGGAGUAUAUGAUUCUUCGCUGCCUCAGAUGAGUGGUGAUGGCGUUUAUCAGUCGAAUGUCGAGAUACAACGAGGUUGGUACCAUCACAUCUAGUACCUACCAUCUACUAACACAAACAGACCAUACCCAGCCAUCUCCAGUCCUACCAACACCUCAACCCUCCCUCCCCAUCCCAACCACAGCACCCACGACAACCUCCAACUCACCCUCCAACCACUCAACUCCCUCAGAGUCUUCACACUCAAGCCGAGUAACGAAACGGCAACUCAACACCAUGGCCGCGCGCCGAUACCGCCAGAAACGAGUCGACCAGAUGAAGAGUCUAGAGAUGGAGCUGGAGAAGGUGCAGCGGGAACGUGAUGAGUUGAAAAUGCGGUGUUCGAAGUUGGAGGGGGAGAAGGACGCGAUGAGGUGUUUAUUGAGUAAGAAGUGAGUAAGAAGUGAGUAAGAAGUGAGACAGUGAGCAUGAGGAUGCAUGGAAUGGAAGUAAGGGAGAUGGAUGUACAGUUACGGAGAGAUGGAGGUGAAGAUGAUGAUCGGAUCUACAAACGUAUGAAGGAAAGUAAAGUUUACUAAAAAACGAGCGAUGAGCGAUCGAGUUUUUUUGUAAAUCAGCGAUAUUCUACUGGACACGAACCGUGGAUGCGUUUAAUGAGUUUUAAUCAAGAGUA